AUGCCCUCCCUCCUCGAAGACCCCACCACCUACAUCCCACCCCCCGCAAUCGCAGAAACAAUCUCGCAAACCCUCACCCCCAUGACCAAAACCCUAAAAGACUCCACAAAAGUAUCCCUCUACCCGAUCGCGCACGGCGCGGCCUCAAUCCCAAGCUCCUUGGUGAAGGUCCUGCACCGCGAAUUCAGCGAGGAGAUUGCGCGCGGCGCGACGUAUCCGAUGGAAGAGGCGAUGGGGCUGGAUCAGUUCGCGGGGUAUUGGUUUGGGACUUUUGCGGUUGUUGCUGUUGUUGAUCGGGAUCAUCAUGCUGAUGGACCUCCGGGGAGAUGGUUACAGGGUCAAGAGGACAGGGAUUGGGAGAGGGAUUGUCUGGGGACGUUUUAUGUGAAGCCGAAUUAUCCGGGACGCUGCUCGCAUGUCUGCAACGCCGGGUUCCUAACCACGGCCGCAGCUCGCGGUCGAGGCGUGGGAAUCGGCUACAAAUACUCCGUGUUCAACCUCGUCUUCGAGAAUAACGUCGCAUCCGUCAAGAUCUGGGAGCGAUUGGGCUUCAAGAUCAUCGGCCGGGUGCCCGGGGCAGCACGACUGGCGAACAGUCCAGACCUGGUGGAUGCGUUGAUCAUUGGAAAGGAAUUGGUUUGA